AUCUUUGCUCCCAGAGAUCCAAAGCUCGGACCCGGACUCGGAUAAAACCCAGAGCGCUCCAGAGCUUCAGCACAGAGUCUCCUGUCCUGCAGUGGGUCCAAGUAUCUCAGUCCUCAGUGAUGAUGAAGUCCAGUUUGUUCCUGGCGGCGGUUCUGGUGUGCGGUCUAGUCCGCGCUCAGACGGGCGGUCAGCCGGGUGGUCUGCCGGGCGGUCAGCCGGGCGGUCAGCCGGGCGGUCAGCCGGGGCGUCAGCCGGGCGGUCAGCCGGGCGGGCUGCCGGGCGGUCUGCCUGAGCGGGUCCUGAAGCUAGAGGCGAACAUCGACAUCCUGACCAAAUCCAGGGUGGCGUUCUCCGCCGCACUGGUCGAGACCAACGACUGGACCACGAAGGGCCCGCUUGAAGCUGACCAGACUCUGGAGUUCAAGAGAGUGAUCACCAACAUCGGCAACGGAUACGACCCGGCAACAGGUGUCUUCACCGCCCCGGUCAAAGGACUCUACUACAUCCGGGUCACUGGAGUGGCCGGUCCGAACGGUGAGCUGCACGCCGGGGUGAAGAAGGACGGAGAGAACAUGUUCGCCAUCUACCAGAAAGCAGGAACCCAGGCCGGCGCCUCCAACGCCAUGGUGAUGGCUCUGGAGCGGGGAAACCGGGUCUUCGUCCAGCUGUGGGCCGGGAAGACCAUCGCUGACCAGGGCCGCCUCAGCACCUUCACCGGGUUCCUCGUCUUCCCCAUGUAGGUCGAGCCUCCAGGAAACUCAGCAAGAACAUCAUCAGAACACGUUCCAGCAAUACGGUCCUGGUUCUGUCCGGUUCUGGACCGAACCCAGAACUGGUUCUGUCCUGGAGAGCUGAACGAAGCCGAAGUAACAGAAAUAAAACCUGUUAAAAACAACAA